GCAUGUGUGCAAAUGUAUGCAAAAAACUGAAAAUCUAAAAACUAACUUAAAAUAUACGUUGCAAGCCUGAACAUUAACUUAUGUGUUUAGUCGCUCGCUUAAAGCAAAAUCAAUAAUCAAAUUAUGGAGUGGUAUGAAAUUGGAGUGGAGAGCAGCCGCAUUUGCAGAUUUCCCGAACGCAACAUACGGGGCUAUGAAGAGUUGCAACAGCCGCAGCAGCAGCCCAGCAACGAGCGCAAUUCAACUGCUGAGCCUUUGGGCGGUAUUAUCAACAAUGGCCAAUGGGGUUGGCUGGCGCGUGGGAAAACGCUGUAUAUCUGUAAGCUCAGCACAAGCCAGCGCCUGGGUGAAUACAUAUUCCUGCAAGAUCUUGACAGCAAAAACAACAGCAACAGUGCACAGGCUCACAUAAGCUGCGUCGUGGAACUGUUUCCACAGCGUAGUCCAUACGAUAAUGAUAAGUUGCUGCUGGCCGUUUGCCUUGAGGGCGAUAAUGAAACACAAUUGGCCAUAUAUACGCCCCGUAAUAGCCAAGUCCUGCGAUACAUACAAUUAAGCAGCGCUGAUGUCAGGGUGCGCUGCAUGGCUUUUCUAGACGCGCAGCUUUACGAGCGCAGUUUGUUGCAACACUACGAUGGCUGCUUGGCACUGGGCACUCAUACAGGGGAACUGCUGCUGUUGGAUUUGCAAGUGCAGCAAGUGUGGGACACACGCUGUCGCAAUUUCAUCCAAUUGGACAGCAAGCAGCGACGUGCCCAAGUGGAACGCAUGAAAGCGCGUUCGAAUCUCGGUCCACAGAAUUUCAAGAUGCAAUUGGAGCAAUGCCGCGACCAACAUGUGCACUUGGCCCUAGAGCUGACUCUGCCACAGCGCAAACAGGACACGAUUGUCAGUUUGCUGCCGCUAGAUCUCAUCACAGGCUUUGCGGCGGGAUUGUCCAGUGGUCAGAUACUGGUAUACAGCUUGACUAACUUCCAGUUAAUCACCGAGCUACGUUUACCAGGGCGGGAGCCACCAGCAGCAGUAGAGCGUCUUUGUUUACUGCUCCCCACCAAUGAUCCCAAGCCAUGCUUCUUCAUAUGCGCCUUGUACAAGCGCGUUGAUUGCCUACAGGCCACGCUCCAUGCAUUAUACUACAAGCACGCUGACGAUGGCGAGCGUGUGCAUUUCAGCGACUUUCAGAUCGCUGCAAUGCGUUUUAGCUUGGUGCUGGACAGUAACAGGAGUAGGAUCAUCGGCUGCGCUGCAGUGAUGAACAAUGAUCAUAACCUGGCCACGAUUAGUUGGUACUCGGAAGCGGAGCAACAAAACAAACUAGUGUUGUUCGAUAUGAAUCAAUGGUACAAGGAUAAAAUGCCCACGGCGGUGCUUGAUUCGGAAACUCCCGCCUAUUUAUGCGGCUUCUCGCUCCGCGAUAGUCCGCGAGAGCAGGGACUUGCCUUGCAAUUGCACAAGCCACCCAUCAGGCAGUUUAUUACGCGUCAAGAACACGAUGAGCACUUUUAUCCCAGAUCCCUGACCUUUGAUUGUGCGCUUUUGACGUCGCAGGACUGUAGCUUCUAUCAGCAUGUGGGCGUCCAGCGUCGCUUCCUCAAUGAGCUGCAAACGAAUUAUGCUAAAAUGUUUCUGCAGCCGGAUCUCUAUGUGACAAAAAUGGUGGAGCUGCGUCUGCUGCCGCAGUUCUGUGAGCUCUACGACAAUCAAGUGAUCAAUCAGACCAACAUGUAUGAGCUUAUACUCUCCCUAGCAUUGGAGCAGCAGCAUGAGCGCUUGCUGCACGAUUGCGCGCAGUACUGCUUGGACGGCAGAUUCUUUUGCAACAUGUUGAACAACGCUGGCUUCUCGCUGAGCACACUGCUCAAUUGGCUCGUGCAACGAGCGGAGGAUAUUAAGGCACGCUGCGCAGAGAUGUGUCAGGACGUGUGGGAAAUCGGCGGCUAUACGCCGGAGGAUCGCGACAUUAAAGAGUUUUUACAUCUCACAAAUCAGCUAAAACUUAUGCUGGAGCUGCAGCAACGGCUGUUGCAGCUGGGCAAGGGAAAGCUGCCAGCAGAGCUACAGGAGAAGCUGCAGGAAAUAGGGUGCUCCCUAAGCAUUCUAUAUGAAUACCAGCGCGUGUUCUAUUUUCUGCUGGACCGUGCUUUGGUGCCCGAGUUGAACACAACGCGAUUGCAGCAACUUCGCCACGACUAUGACUCGCGUCGUCAGGAGCAGGAGCAGGAGCAUCAGCCACGACGGGAAUUGUUUAUUGAUGUGCUGUUGCGCGAAACUAAUUUACAACUGGAAUGCUAUCCACCGAAGUCGUUGCGAAAGCUGUUGCACGUCAUGCUGCUGCCACAGCCGGAGCUCAGCGACAAGCAACAGUUGGUGCUGUACAUGCUGCUUGAUCUAAAUCAAGCGCUCUGGCAGGACUUUGCGCGCGCCUUUGGGCUGCCCACAAGUUUGUCCCAAUGCGUGCAGUGCUUUUGGUACUUGGACCGUGGCGAGUAUACGGAAGCUGUUAACCAGAGCAAAUCGUGCAAGUUUAACGACUGGCAAAUCAAGCUGCUCGUGGAGACGCUGCUUAGCCAAGGCGCGCAAAAGGAAGCAAUGCGUCUGCUGGAUCUGCCCACCCAGCUGCACUUCCAGGUGCUGCUAGCCAACGACAGCAUACCCGAGGCGUUUCGCUUUGCGCGGGUCAACGACGAGGCGUCGGAAUCUUCGCUGCUCGAAAGCUUCUUUAAGCAUUGCAUUCAAAACAACAAAUUCCGGGUGCUGGCCAAUCUCUGUCUGAACGAGUCUGAGGAGCAGCUGCUGUUUCGCAUGCUGCGUGGUUGCGCCUCGGCCCACACGGAUUCGGUGCAGCUUAUAUUGCUGCUGAUGCGUUACAAGUACAUUGAUGCGGUGACCUUUAUGAAUGAAGUGGCGGAGGAGCGCCAGAAUAUGGAUGGCAGCGAUGAGACUAUACUCUCGGCCUACCGCACCACCAUGGCGCCUCUAACACAAUCCAUAGCAGGCACCUACUUUCGCGUACGCGACCAACUGGAAGGCGAGCAGCUGUCCAAUCCCUCGCCAGUGCCAUUGAGCAGUCAGCUUGCCAGGGAGAGCGCCAAUGGUCAAGUGCCCAAUAUAUUUCAAAGCUCCGCAUUGAGUGCACACUGGGCAACGAAUCCAAUGCUUGCCAGCGAUUCCAGCACAUCGUUGAAUAGCCGCAAUAUGCCCUUCCUGCGUAAUCCAUUGCCGUCUUCUGUGGACGCCCCUCCGCGAAGCCGCGUUGUGCAUCCCAUGCGCUACCAAGCGGUAGAGAAGCGUCUCCUCUCGCUGGAUGAGCAGCAACAGCAGCUACAGCCGCAACCCAAGCGUCCGCGUCUGCUGCUGGGCGAACAAAUGGAGGAGGCCGUGCAGGGCUUGGUGCAGCGCACGCGUGAGUUGAAGAAGGAGGAACAACUGAAGGAGCAGCUGCCGAGCAGUGCACAAAUUGCCGCUUUAAUACAAGUGCCCAACGCCUGGCUGAAGGAGCAGGCGCAGACGCCGCCGCAGGCACCGCCGUCGCCAGCGCCAGCACCACCGCCACCGCAUCCUAUACUUAAGCAUCGUUCAACGCUCACACGCAGGCUCACAGGCUCCAGGGCCACCACAUUUUCGGAGCGUGUAAGUCAGAGCAGGUUUGUGUUCAACGAACCCCUAAUUCUGCUACCUAAUCCCAAUACCGAGCGUGAGCCCAGUCCCAUGGAGUUGGGAAGUGAUCAGGAAGAUCAGGUCAUCGAGGUCGAUGAUGAUGACGAUGAUGAAUCCGAUGAAAUUAUUGUUGAAAUCGAACAACAGCCCGUUAUUUGCACACCCAGUCCCACUCCGACUCCCAGUCCCAAUGCCGAUUCCCAGCCUCCCAUUGACAGUGCACCAGUUGCUCCACACAACUCCUCCUCAGAUUCGGACUCAGUAUCUGACUCAGAGUACUUGUCGCCGCUGGCCUCCGCCAAUGUCUCACUGGCAGAGCAGCAGCAGCAGCUGCAGGAGCAGAAUCCCCCAAUCGAAUUGGAACAAGUGCAGCAACGUUUAAUGGCUCCACCUACUGGACCGCAGCCACGAAGCUCGCUACAGAGCAGCGGCUUUGGCAGCUUCGCUACCAUUCAAAAUACCAACACAGUCUCCCAGCAGCUCAGCGAGCGUGAAUUUGUACCACCAGUAUGCUCCUCCAAGAUGUGCGAAGUGACCAGCAGUCAGCAGCAGUUUAGCAGCGCCAGCAGCUCCAUAAGAAUUUCCGAACGCACCACCAUCUCUGGAGAAAUGGAGCGCAGCGAUUCAACUUGGCAGUCCAUGCGCUUGCCAACCUUGACACGCAUGCCAAACCCAGAGCGGAUUUCCGAUCGCAGCACCAUCUGUGGAGAGAGCAGCGAUUCGUUUUGGCAGUCCAUGCGCAUGCCUACCCUGACACGUAUGCCCACCUUGAUACCCAGGCCAGGCUAUAUCCCACCGCAGCACCAGCUGCUGGAUACAACACUGGGCAUGUCUAGCUAUGAUGUGACUGCGCUGUCUCCUCCUGCAGAGACACAACAGGAGCAAGAGCAAGAGCAGGAACCUGAGCCGGAGCCGGAAGAGGAACUCAUGGAGUACAUAGAUCUGGCUGACGAUGAUGAGCCUGAGGAGGUGGAGGUUGAAGAACUGGAGGAGCAGGAACAGGAAGAGGAUAUUGGGGUCGAGCAAAGCUCGUCAUCCAGCAGCGAAGAAGCCAACGUGCCGGAGUUAACCUUUGGACGCACCUCACCCAGCUAUAGCCUCAGCAGCGACCUCUCCGAUUUGCCACGCCCAGAUGUGCCCGUCUACUCCAUCGUAGUGGAGUCCACCAAUUCCAUAACGAACUCACGCUCACCCACCUCCCACACGCCCACCUCCUUUUUGCCCAGCGAUACGAAUGUCUCGCAAAACUCCAGUCCACGUGCACGGCGCACCGGCGAAGGCUCCGCGCGUUCGAUCUACCGCGCCAACAGCCUAGAGACGGUGGAUGAUUUGGACACCACCAAGGGCUCCAUGGAGGAAGAGGAGGAGGAUGACUGCGUUAUUGCUUUGGAUGGCACCGAGGUGCGUGGAUAUGUGGCUCGUUCGGAGCCCGUUGCCGCCAGCAGCAGCGCCGAGCUCUUCUCCUUUAAGUCAACUAAGGAACCCGGUGGCAUUGUGACCACUGCCCAAACGCCUUGUCCUUCUUUCGGGGCCACAGCCAACAGCGAUUCUGCUGUAGCCGAAUAUACAAUCAAUCUAGAUAGCGGUGAUAGUACCAGUAGACCAAGCGCAACUCCAGCGGAUAUUGUGUUAGACACCAAUCAAGAUUCCGUGGAGACUCGGCUCUUCGUGCCGGAAGAGGUUUUUUCCAUCAAUGAAGAUUCCGUGGAGACAGUGCCCAACGUCCCUGAGUCAAAUGAGCCGCAGGCACAUGUGGAACCAGAAUUGGAUGUGGAUAUCGAUGUCGAUGUCGAAGGUGUAGAUGCUGGAUCCAAUCAAAGCUUGAAGCUGGCUGUAUCCGAUGGAGAGGAGGAGGAGGAGCAACAUCAGACUGAGGCGCAAGAGCAGCAUGACCAGGAAGAGGAGCAGCAGCAUAGUACUGAGCCGCAAGAGGAGUACGGAGAGGAGCAACAUCAGACUGAACAAGAGGAGCACGAACAGGAGCAGCAACUACUAGAGCUAGAGAUAGAACGUCAAAUGCAAACACGUCGCAAUACGCGUGCCCAAUCCACUGACACCCACACAAACACCGCACAGAGUCUCCCCCCAGUUAAGACAAAACGUCGCCGUGUAUGCAGCGAAAGCAACACUACCGAGCGUGUGGAUUCGCCUAUGGUCGGAAUGAGGCGUCUACGCAGCGUCAGAUUGCGUAAGCUGACCAUGGAUGACCAUGAAGACGCCAGCUUAGGCACUCCUCCAUCGUCCUCUGCGACAAGCAGUCGACGUCGACUGCGCAGUGACAGCCAAGCUAGCGAUGAUCAGCCCUCAACAUCCGCGAAGACGUCGUCACGUCGUCGCGGCUCGCGCCAAGCGGAUUCUCCGCCGGGCAGUGGAGCCAGCAACACAGGCAGUGGAAAGCAGCUUCCCAAACGGGUGACGCGUGCGGGCUCCGUGCCGCAUAUGCCUGCUUCGACGCCUACCAAACCCAUUGGCACACGCGCACGCGGACUAAAAACCAUUGAAGAGAAUGUAGAGGCUACCACGCUGCAUAGUCGACUGGAAGAGCCAGAGCAGUUGCAGCCGGAGGAGAGCGAAUCGGCAGCAGGCAUAUCGAAGCGCAGUCUACGCUGUCGCAGUGAGCCGACUGUAGUGGCCAUGGCCCCUAGGCGUGGUGUUCGCUCGAAUAGCAGGAACCUGGAGCAACAGCAGCCGGAGCAUGAAUCAACACCGGAACGCGUGACUAGAGCACUCCGCAGCAGACGCCUAGCAAGCGAUGCCGAGUCAGCUGCGGCUAUUGAUGUUGCUGCUGCUGCUGCCGCUGUUGCAGCACGGGAGGCACAAAUACCGCCAAAGAAACGUGGACGGCCCAAAAAAUAAGUAAUGUAAUAAUCCAGUAGGACGUACACAAACA